AUGCUGGACAUGCAAACCGUGGGCUUGCAGUCGCCCUACUCUACGGGUGCCGUGGGUGGUAUGGGUUCGCUUCCCAACAUAUCUUUAGGGAACCUGGGAAACACUGCAGGUCUAGGACUUAUGUCUGGAUUCUAUGGAGAGCAGAAUUACUACAGACAUGGCGGAUACGGAAUGACCAUGGGCGCGAUGGGCAUGUACCCGGACCAGUACGGAGCUAUGGCCCGGUCAUCUCCGUACGGACCGUACGGUCAUCACCCACACCAUCCGGUCAAAGAGAUGGUCAAGCCUCCGUACUCUUACAUUGCCCUGAUUAAAGUGACACUUAAUGGGAUUUAUCAGUUCAUCAUGGAGAAGUUUCCGUUCUACAGAGAAAACAAUCACCUAUCUCCUCACCAACAUCCUUCACAUCGCGAUGGUCUCAACUCCGGCGUCUUUUCCGCAAUCUCACAACACAAGGAUUUUACCUACCCUCCAUCCAACGGCUGGUACAUGAACCCUUCUUCUUCCAUGGAUUUAAACCCUGGACGCACAGACUUCGGCUCUUUUCCGGGGAUGAGCAUGAGAGACAUGUUUCAAAGCUCUACCAGCUGUCAGCUUGCGGCAUUUCGGACCCCACCUUCAAAAGCCCAACCAUCGUCCUAUUACGAUUGUUCGAAAUACUAA